UCUUCAUCAUUAGUCUUCUUCUUCUUCUUCUUCUAGCUUCAUUUCUCAAACCCUCGUCUGUUUUUCUCUUAUUAAUUCCCCCCAGCGGUCUCCUUCUGUUCUUGUGAUCUCAUGUCUAAGAUGAUGAAAGGUGCAACUUCGAGUCCAUCUCCAAGUGGGAUGUAUGAUGUUUCCAAGACCAAGCUCAAGCAUCAGACUCUCUUGCAGGAUUAUCAAAAGCCUCAGAUGGUAAGUUUGAGUGCUUUUGCAUUCUUGUUUUCAGAGCUUGUUCAGUACAAUCAGACCCAGGUUGACAAUAUUGCAGAACUAGAGCGAAGGUUAGAGGAUGCUGGCUAUGCGGUUGGUGCAAGAGUUUUGGAACUCUUUUGUCAUCGGGAGAAGGGAAACCGAAGAGAAACACGAUUAUUGGGGAUUUUGUCAUUUGUACACAGCACAGUUUGGAAAGUGUUGUUUGGAAAGGUAGCUGACUCACUGGAAAAGGGGACGGAACAUGAAGAUGAAUACAUGAUCAGUGAGAAAGAGCUUCUUGUUAAUAGAUUUAUUUCAAUACCCAAAGACAUGGGUACAUUCAAUUGCGGUGCAUUUGUCGCAGGAAUUGUCAGGGGUGUUCUGGAUGGUGCAGGAUUCCCUGCAGUAGUUACGGCUCAUUUUGUGCCAGUUGAGGGGCAGCAACGCCCUAGAACAACUAUUUUGAUUAAGUUUGCUGAAGAGGUUCUGAGAAGAGAAGCAAGGCUCGGCUGAUCGUCAUUUUCACUUGUAUUGGGUGGUGGUUAUGAUUAUUUUUUAAGUGAAAGGAUGGCCAAAUCUGUCUGUUUGAACAUUCCAAAAUCUCUAGUACCCCUGAUUCAACUCAACACCCACACAACAUAUGAAUGAACAAUAGUUACAUUUUGUAGGCUUGACAUUAUUGUUCUCAAAAUUUGUCUCCCACACAGCAGUUUCUUA